GAUGUGGAGCCGAGUGUCGUUCGCCAUAUUUCCAGUUUUGUGGCUGGUAAUGCUGUUGGGGGAAUUGAUUAUACUUCUACGUCGCUUCACACGAAUUAAGAGUGAGGCUAAAAAGACCGUUGAAAUAAUGGAGCACUUGGAAGGGUUUAUGGAUAAAUUGUAUGUGCAACAUCUGCAGGUACAACUUUUUUCUCUUCAAGUCUACGUCAACGAUUUUAAAUUCGACAUCUUUGGCUGCUUUCCAUUGGACUGGACUUUGCUACGUUCCAUGGCAUCAGGAAUCACAACAUAUUGGAUCAUAUUUCAUCAGUUUAGCCAUAUGGAAAAACAUAGAACCUAAUUUUUACGCUUACUUUUACUUAUUUUAGGAUUCAGUAAACUAUUUCUAAUGGGGAGGGGGAAUCAAACGA